GUGGCGUGUCUCCUUUCCUCCCGGUGUACUGUACUAGAGUUAGUGUAGUUGUUUGCAAGUGGAGAUGGCGUCUGGUGGCCACCCUGGUGUUACCAACUCGUCUACCGACAAUGAAGGCAUUCUUAUUGGGGACAGAGUUUAUUCCGAGGUUUUCCUCGCCAUUGACAACUCGCUUAUCCCCGAUGAGAGACUCUCUACAACCCCGUCUAUGUCAGAUGGCCUCGACCUCCACAACGAGACCGACCUCCGCAUCCUUGGCUGCGAACUAAUCCAAUCCGCUGGCAUUCUUCUCCGUUUACCGCAGGUGGCCAUGGCUACAGGACAGGUUCUUUUUCAUCGGUUUUUCUACUCUAAGUCCUUUGUGAAACACAGCUUUGAGAUUGUUGCCAUGGCUUGUGUUAAUCUUGCCUCGAAGAUUGAAGAAGCACCACGCCGAGUAAGAGAUGUGAUAAACGUUUUUCAUCAUUUAAGGCUGCUUAGAGGAAAAAGGACACCAAGCCCAUUGAUACUUGAUCAGAACUACAUUAACACCAAAAACCAAGUAAUCAAAGCAGAGAGGAGAGUGCUGAAGGAACUGGGUUUCUGUGUUCAUGUGAAGCAUCCCCACAAGAUCAUUGUAAUGUACCUUCAAGUUCUUGAGUGCGAGAAAAAUCAAACCCUCGUCCAAACAGCUUGGAACUACAUGAAUGACACACUGCGAACAAAUGUGUUUGUGCGAUUUCAAGUUGAAACGAUUGCCUGUGCCUGCAUCUAUCUUGCAGCAAGAGCCCUUCAGAUCCCACUUCCCACCAAACCACACUGGUUUAUGCUGUUUGGAGCCACUGAAGAUGAGAUUAAGGAGAUUUCGAUAACCACUUUAAAACUUUACACAAGGAAAAAGCCUAACUAUGAUUUACUUGAAAAAGAAGUUGAAAAGAGAAAAGUUUCACUCCAGGAAGCAAAACUGAAGGCCAAAGGAUUAAACCCUGAUGGAACGCCAGCUCUUUCAACAUUAGGGGGGUUUUCACCUGGCUCUAAACCAUGUUCACCAAGAGAGGGUAAAAGUCUGGAUGAGAAGUCUCCAAAUUCACAGAACUCAAAGGCUGUCAAAAAGGAGCCAGACGAUAGACAGCAGAGCUCCAAGAGCCCUCAUAAUGGCCUUAGGAAAGAAAGCAAGAGGAGCAGAAGUGUGAGCAGAACACCGUCAAGGACUAGAUCAAGGUCACGAUCUCGAACACCAAGAAGACAUUACAAUAACAGAAGAAGCCGUUCUGGUACGUUCAGCUCACGAUCUCGCAGCAGGUCCCCCAGCAGAAGUCUUACUCCUCGUCGUUUACAGAACCAUGGGUCUCCUCAUGUCAAAUCCAAACAUCGCAACGAUGACCUCAAGAUUUCAAACAGGCACAGCCACAAAAGAAAGAAGUCUAGAAGCCGCUCUCGUUCUCUCAGCAAGACCAGAGACCGGUCUGAGACUGCUAAGAAACACAAGCAUGACAGGGGACACCACAGAGACCGGCGAGAGAGAUCUAGAUCUUAUGAUCGUACACACAAAAGCAAACAUCAUGGCAGCAGUCAUUCAGGGCACAGCAGGCACAGGCGUUGAACGUUGGCUGUUUUGUGAGAACAUUGACUUAAAAUUCUGAACCUUAGUUUAAUGUAGGACUUCUGACUACUUUUUUCAAUGUAGAAGAUGGAACGUGUUGUAAUAAAAAAAAAAAAAUAAAAAGCUUUGAUUUUUUUAUAAAAGCAUAUUUUCUAAAUUGUAUUCAGGAAAUGUAAAGUUUUGCACAGUUAAAACGAUACCCUGGAUAGUAACAAAUGAUCAGUUGUAAGAAAUUGUUUACUGUAUAGAUGAGUGAAAAAAGGGUUUCUGGAGAAGUAUACCUUAUAUUUUUACAGCUGGGUGCAGACACUUUUAUUUAAGACUUCUUUCUCUGUUCGAGCUGUAGUUAAUUUGUUACAUUGAUUUUUAGUCUGCACAUGUGUAUUGUCUGAUUUUUACAAAAAUAAAAAAAAGUAAAUA